AAAUCUAAAAAUCUUAUAUAACUGGUAAGGUUAUAGCGCCUGAUUAUUAUUAUUUUAUCAGAAUGAAUUAUAUGCAACAAAAAAAUUUGUCAGUACAACAACAAAAAUUGUCAGUACAAUGAAAUAAAUAAUGAAACAAAACUUUCUAGAGUUCAUUCAAUAGAUGAAAUAUUCUCUACACUAUAAACAUUAUCUUAUUUUUAGUAAUCCAUUUUUAGACCAGCUUCAUUCUUUGAUUGCCUGUAAGGAGAUUUUCCAGAUUAAGUGCUGUUGUCAUUAUACUGGAAUAUAAGUAUAGUAUGCCAGCUGCAGGUACUGUGCCCCUGCUCAAGGUUUAACAGGGUUUCAUUAUCUCAGAUCAGUGGUCACACCUCUCUAGAGUUGAACUUGCAGUGUUUGCAUAAAUGGCCCUAAUAGCCCUAAUCAUUAGGUGUCCACCACUUCUCUAGUGAGUCACUAUCAUACACCAAGUUCUCAGGAUUAUAUGUGAUCCAUAAACUUAUCAGAAGCAGGUGCCACUGAUGUUUUACAGACAUGCAGGCUCACCAUCGAUUGUUUCAUUUCCUCCUUUUAGAUCUUCUUUAAGUGAACACUGAUAAUGGCUCCAUCUCCAAAAUGCCAAGGAAAAGCAUGUCCUGCUCCCGGACCAGUGCCGAAUGGUCUUAUUCGCCUCUACAGCAUGAGAUUUUGUCCAUUUGCUCAGAGAGCAAGACUGGUGCUCACUGCUAAGGGAGUUAAACAUGAAAUUAUCAACAUCAAUUUGAAGGAUAAGCCUGAUUGGUUUCUGGAGAAGAAUCCUUCAGGCACAGUGCCAGUAUUGGAAACCUCAAGUGGUCAGGUGAUCUACGAGUCACCAAUCACCUGCGAGUACCUGGAUGAGGCCUACCCUGAGAAGAAACUGCUCCCAUCUGACCCUUUUGAGAGGGCCCAACAGAGAAUGCUGCUGGAUCAUUAUUCGAAGGUGAUUCCAUACUUCUAUAAGAUCUCUAUGGGCAAGAAAAGAGGAGAGGACGUCUCAGCGGCCGAAGUAGAAUUUACAGAAAAAGUCUCCCAACUAAAUGAGUAUCUGGCGAAAAAGAAGACCAAAUAUUUUGGGGGCGAUUCAAUCACAAUGAUUGACUACUUGAUCUGGCCAUGGUUUGAGAGGGCAGAGAUGAUGGGCGUAAAGCAUUGUUUGGCCAACACUCCUGAGUUAAGGAAGUGGAUUGAAUGCAUGUUUGAGGAUCCAGUGGUCAAAGCCACCAUGUUUAAAACAGAGGAUCACAUAGUGUUCUUCAACACCUACAUGGACGGAAAGCCUAAUUAUGAUCAUGGUUUAUAGAGUAAAACGGAAUGAUAUCCAUUCAUCUGUGUGGAAUUUUUUUUAUAGUAACUCUUUUCUUAGUUUAAGUAUUUUUAUAACGAAUUUAUAGCCAAUUAUGCUUUUAAGCCUCAGACUAGAUGCCAGAAGGCCAUGUAAAAAUGGCUACUAUGGGUAUAUUACCAUGUCUGUCAUUCAUACAUGAAUAUAAAUAAACCAAACAUACAAAAUAUGAACAUUA